AUGUACAAAGAAGAGUUGAAUAUUCGCAUAAUCGUGGGUUUACGGAGCAAGAUCGAUGUCGUAGCACUUCAGCAAUCAGAAGGUUAUGCUUCACUUGCCGACGAAACAAAGUCCGUAGUUCAAUCACUAGCUCACAUCGACGACGGGAUACAGAAUGGAUUCGAGCGACAACAUGCCAUUCUAGAUACACUUCACUCGCGCACAGAGACGACUAUAAUAGCUCAUGCUAAACAAGACAAAGAAGAACACGAGAAACUAUCUUCUCAGAUAAUUGAGCUUUCACAACAAUCCGGUGAUCAGUUUGAUCGAGCUUUAGGUGCACAGAUCGUUACUAGGACCGCGAUCGAGACGUCGAUUAAUCAGAAUAUCGCAGAGCACAAUAAAACUCGAGAAGAAAUGAACCGUCUCAAAGAACAAGCGGAAAGACAGAUUGAGGUUCUCACUGAAGAGAUUCGACAGCUCAAGAUUGAGCUUGAAGCUAGUGUUAAAACCAUCGUUGCCAGCCUAGGAACAGCUUCAAAGAAGGAGGAACAGAAGCUCAAGGACAUAAGCAACGCCAAAUUCAAUCUGUGGGUUGCAAAGGAACUCAUAUUAGAGAAAUUGAAGGCUUUUGUCGCCAUGUUCCGUUUCAGCUUUGCAAUAGAGUCAUGGACCGGUACAACGAAUACCAAGUCUUGGAAGCUCAUGCCAUAUCCGAAACCAUCCGAGUCUCCUGCUGGAAUCACGCUCGCGUCUAUUGAAAUAGAAUAUACUGGCGAAGAAUCGAUGGCAUACUUUCACGUGGAUAUAUCCUAUCCCAUUGCAGCAAGGAAUGUCCCCAUGGUCAGAACGUGCCUUGAUCAAGGUGUGAAUGUGAACACCGAACUUCCCGUGGCAACUUAUAAUGGGAUGACACCUCUGAUUAAGGCGGUAGCAACUGCUUAUGAGACCACACCAUACGACACAAUUGGAACAAUGCUCCUGAUGCGUCGCGAUUCGAGGAAGAUUGUGCAACUGCUGCUUGAUCAUGGAGCAGACAAAAGCUCAGAGGCAAGAGAUUUGGCAAAGAAUCCACCUGACAGUAGUCACCAACCUGAUUGGUUAAUCGAAGAACUUCUGGCACCUUCUCCUCAUCCCAAACUACACCAGUUCCUCUCUUUGACGGAUGCUGUGUGGGCUGGAGAACAAGAGAAGUUGGAGAACAUGCUUACGCAAGACCCUGACCUUUGGAACGCCUCAGAGUUUCAAGGCGUCUCACCGCUCGGAGCAGCUGUAUAUCGUAACGACGAACGCAUGGUAAGCAUGCUUCUCAGCAGAGGAGCAUCGCCGAAUGCACGUGACCCUAUGGGUUCAUCACCAUUGGCUAUCGCUGUCGCUUCAAAACUGGAGAUUAUUGCCAAAUUACUCCUGCAGUAUGGUGCAUGUAUCACUCUCGUAGAUCCUGUCCUUGGGCUCAAUCCCAUUGAAUAUGCUGCAAGAGAGGGGAACCAUACCAUGUGUGGUACUCUGCUUGGAAAUGAGAAACCUCAAAGCCCUUACGACAAAAAGGAACUGCUCUCGAAACCAUUCGCUCUAGCAUUGAGACAAUAUCACACAGACGUUAUCUUGGUACUUCUGGAACACGGCGCAGAUGUAUUCAUGAAUAUGCAGCCGUUUCUACGUCCUAGUGAGAGAGGACAGUUUGGGUUUUCCCAUUCCGAUACGAUUCCUGAAGAAUUUCUGCGGGUAAAGCUCUCUUCAUCUAUGAGUGGUUAUGAAAAAUUUUCGAUAUUGCCUAAAAUCCCUUCGGCGGAGCUGCCCUCCGGCAACACGCCUCAUGAAAAAGAGGUAUACCGAUCACGUUUGUGUGCAGUCUUGAAGGAGUACGAGAUUCGAGCGAACAAAAAGACAUCUCAGAGAAGUGGCAAGCUGCUAUCUGACGACUCUCAGUUGGAAGACCUUAUUUCAUUCAAAUAG